UUAACCCCCACGCACGCAGGAUGGUUCUCUUGGCAGUUUCCAUUGAUCCACGCACACAACGCAGCAAACAACAACGCCUACUAGAUAGCUUUGUUUGCACCUGCACCAAUGCCUCUUCCUCCGCCGUCUGUCCCGACGGACCCUCCUCCGCAGUUUCAGUUGGCAUCGCCGCCCCCACCGCCAUGGCAUCUGGCCCCGCCUCCGGCUGAUGAAAGAGGGAUCAUCGUCGUCCGCCUGAUAAUCGGCUUCGCGGCCACGCUGCUCGCGAUCUUCUCGUGCACCUUCUGCAAGGGGUACCGGAACAGCCGAGAAGCUCGCGCCGCAACUCCGCAGGCUACUCAGGAACUGCCACCGGGACGUGCCGCCGGAACGAGCCCGGCGGCACGGCUGCCCGCGUUCACGUACAGCCGGUCGGUGAAGCACAACGUGACGGGCGCAGGGGAUCAGGAGGCGGCGUUGUUCCGUUGUUCGGUGUGCUUCGGCGUGUUCCAGCUCGGCGAGAAGGUGCGGCUGCUGCCGGUGUGCCUGCACCUGUACCACGUGGAGUGCAUCGACCCGUGGCUGGACACGCACUCGACGUGCCCGCUCUGCCGCUCGGACACCGAUGCCACGGCGGAGCUCGGCCGGCUGCCGCCUGUUUAGGUUGGUUCGCUUGCGGGGUCAGAGGCCGGCGGGACGUUUUGUAAUUGCAUGAUUUCUCGUGCCAGGCUGCGUGAAAGCGUUGGUUUCGGCUGCAUCUACGAAGUAAGAGGCAGCAAUAUGUAAAAAAUAGAGUCGCG